UCAUUCUCAUUCUUUUAAAAAAAAAAAAUCAUUCGCUUCUCAAAAAAAAAAAAUCAUUCUCAUUCUUGACACUCGUUACUCACUGCUUCGCUCUCCGAUCUGCCACUCCACCACCAUGAUUUCUCCUUUCGAUUUUGAAGUUCCGAAGCUAAGCCGAAACCAAACCCGACCCGAGUUGGUAGCUGAGACUCUGUGUCGUCAUUGUGAAAUGGGUAAAUCAACAUCCUCUCUUCUUUUUAUAUGCAAUCGUUUGAUUAUUAGAGUAGUAAGCCUUCCAUUUCGUGCUUUUACUUCUCAUUAUUGUUCUACUAUUAGAGAAAAUGCGAAAACCCCAUAUCAGAAUCGGAAUCAGUUGUUGAAUUCUGUGAGAGAUCACUGCAAAUCUGGAACCUUUAAGAAUCUUGAUCAUGCCUUAGGCCUGUUUGAUACAAUGCUUCACAUGCACCCUUUGCCUUCCAUUGUCGAUUUUACUCAGUUGUUGGGUGCCAUUGCAAGAAUGAAGCAUUACUCUGUAGUCGUUACUCUAAUUCAACGAAUGGAAUCAUUCGGAAUCUCUCUUGAUGUUUAUACUCUCACUGUUUUGAUUAAUUGCUACUGUCGUUUGAACCGGGUCGAUUUUGGAUUCUCUGUCUUAGCAACAAUUUUGAAACUUGGCUAUCAGCCAAACUGUAUAAUUCUAACCACUCUUGUCAACGGCCUCUGUCUUAAAGGUAAUAUUUUUGGAGCUGUGAGGUUGGUAGAGGAAAUGGUGAAGAAAGGGUAUGAGCCUAAUGUGAUUACUUGUGGAACAAUAGUAAACGGUCUGUGUAAGAUUGGCCAGACUGGUGUGGCUAUUAGGUUGCUCAGGAAGAUGGAGAAAGGGCGUUGUGAACCCGAUGUGGUGCUGUAUAGCACAAUCAUUGACAGUUUAUGUAAGGAUAGAUCGGUAACUGAGGCUUUAAACCUUUUAUCUGAAAUGAUGAGUAAAGGCAUUCAGCCAAAUGUUGUCACUUACAAUUGCAUAAUUCAAGGACUAUGCAAUUUUGGCCGGGGGAGGGAGGCGGCUACUUUGUUGAACGAGAUGGCACAAAGGAAGAUCAUGCUGGAUUUGCGAACCUUUAGCAUAUUGGUGGACACACUUUGCAAAGAAGGGAUGUUGAGGGAGGCAAAAGAAGCAUUUGAAAUGAUGAUUCAAAGAGGCAUUGAUCCUGAUAAAGUCACUUACACUUCUUUGAUUGAUGGUUAUUGUUUGCAAAACCAAAUGAAUGGGGCAGUUAAGACGUUUAAUAUGAUGGUUGAGAAGGGUUGUUCACCCGAUAUGUUUAGCUAUACCAUAUUGAUAAAUGGAUAUUGCAAAAAUAAAAAAAUUGAUGAGGCAAUGCGUAUCUUUCAUGAAAUGUCCAACAAGGGAGCGAUUCCUGAUGUUGUGACUUACAACACUCUUAUCAAUGGGUUUUUCAAAGUGGAGAGAUCCCAGGCUGCACUGGAGCUAUUCCAUAAGAUGCAAGCUUGUGGCCAACACCCAAAUCCCCUAACCUAUGCCAUCUUGUUAGAUGGAUUUUGUAAGAAUAGACGAAGUACUGAGGCAAUGGCAUUGUUUCGGGAGAUGGAAGAAAAAAAGUUGGACCACAAUAUUGUGUUUUACAACAUCUUGAUUGAUGGUUUCUGUAAUGUUGGGGAACUUACAACUGCAAGAGAAAUCUUUAGUGGUCUUUUUGCAAAAGGAUUGCAACCUAAUGUUCGGAAUUAUACUAUAAUGAUCAAAGGAUUUUGCAAGAAUGAACUAGUUGAUGAAGCGGGUGAGCUGCUUGAGGAAAUGGAUAGCAACGGUUGUUCACCCGACCAUCGCACAUAUAACACAUUAAUCCAAGGGUUAUUGCAACAUGGUGAGACAUCAAAGGCAGUGCAAUAUCUCAAAAUGAUGGUUGACAAGGGAUUUUCGGCAAACGCAACAACUGCUGCCAUGUUUAUUGACUUGCUGUUGUCUAAUCAAGUAGAUGAAAAUAUUCAAAAGCUGCUUCCAAAGUUUGAGUGAAGGUUAUUUAGUUUCUCAAGAUCAAGAACAACUUUUAUAUUUUAACCCAUCACUAGUCAUUAUGUGAGUGAUGUAUAUUUGCUUCCAGUAAAAUUUAAUACUUUUUAUGAGAUGGUAUUUCUUUCCAAUUCUGUGCACUAGAUUGUUUGUGCCUUCUACUGUCCGAUCUUUUGUUGCGAUUUUAUUGUGCACUCAUUUUGUUGCAUUAAACCCUUUCUCAUGGAUAGGUGUUUCAAUAAUGCAUUGUUUGUGCCUUGUACAUUUUAAUAAUGCAUUGUUGGGGAACUGGCUUUGGUGUUAUGCCACUGAAACUAAUUCUUUAUAGAGAAGUGUUGUGGCUAUGAAGUAUGGGUGUAUAUUGGGUGAUUGGACUUCCUGUGUGCUUAAGGGACCAUAUGGUGUGUCCCUUUGGAAGUAUAUUAAAAAAUGGUGGGGAGGCUUUCUCGGUAUGUCAAGUUUGGUUUGGGUGAUGGUCUCAGAGUUCGUUUCCGGCUUAUGGUGUGGAGAUCCUGAAGGAUGCUUUCCGAUGUUGUACCAUAUAGCCAGAAAUAAGGAGGUGUUCAUGGCAGAAAAUACGAAUUGGAAUUCUGGGGUUCUUCAAUGGGGUAUUUUGUUCACUAGAUCUGUUAAUAAUUGGGAGGUUGAGAUUUUGCAAUCAUUUCUUUGUCUUCUGUAUUUCUUUAAAGUUACAAGGGCUAAGGAAGACCAGAUGUUUGGGACCCCUACUAGAAGUGGUUUAUUUGAGGUCAAAUCCUUCUAUGAAGCUUUUAUUACAGGUCACUCCCCUUAUUUUUUUGUGUAAAACCAUUUGGAAGGAUAAGAUUCCUUCUAAGGUAGCUUUUUUCACAUGGCCUGCAGUUCGGGGACAAAUUCUUACCAUAAAGAAUCUUCAGAAGCAGAAUAGAUGCCUUGUCGAUUGGUGUUGAAUGUAUAAGCACAGUGGGGAGACCACCGACUGUAUGUUGCUUCAUUGUGACAUUGCACACGAUCUAUGGUCUAUGGUGUUUUGUUUUUUAGUGUGAAUUGAAUUAUGCCGAAAAGGGUGGUGGAGUUGAUGGGGUGGGGAGCCAUGCCUCGUUGGGUUAUGUUGAUCAUUUGGAAGGAGAGGAGUCUUUGUACUUUUGAUUUGAUUGAGUGUUUGUCUGCGUAGCUAAAGUUGUAUCUUUUACA